AUGCCAGAACUAGAUUUGAGAGGCCAGCAUUGGGGUUUCAAAUUUUGGCAUGACUUAUUAACUAUUUUGCAAAACCACAUUGAGAAACUUUUUAGAGAAAAGAUUCAGCAAAUCGAACUCGAGUUAUCACGAACCCAGAAAAAUAAAGCAACAGAGUACCACAUUGGGCUCUUGAAGGGAAAACUUGCCAGAUACCGUAGAGAGUUAUUGGAACCCAGUGGAGCAGGCAGUGGGAGCUCGAGCAAACAACAGGGCUUUGAAGUGCAGAGAAGUGGUGAUGCCAGAGUGUCGUUGAUCGGGUAUCCUUCGGUGGGAAAAUCGUCAUUUUUGUCAAAGGUCACCAAGACCAAGUCUGAAAUUGCGCACUAUGCCUUCACAACAUUGACAUCUGUUCCUGGGGUGUUGGAGUAUAAUGGAGCAGAAAUCCAGAUUGUUGAUUUGCCCGGUAUAAUCAAAGGCGCCUCUGAAGGAAAAGGCAGAGGCAGACAGGUCAUUGCCACAGCCAAAACUUCAGACUUGAUAUUAAUGAUCUUAGAUGCUACAAAGUCGUAUGAGCAAAAGAGCUACUUGGAAAAGGAAUUGAACGCCAUUGGAAUCCGUUUGAACAAAGAAAGACCAAAUAUUUAUUUCAAGAUCAAGAAAACAGGGGGCAUCAAAUUCAGCUUUAUAAAUCCUCCAAAGUAUUUGAAUGAAAAGAAUGUGUAUGGGAUAUUGAGAGACUAUCGGAUACACAAUGCCGAUAUAUUGGUCAGAGAUGAAAACGUUAGCAUCGACGAAUUCAUUGACACUAUUAACGAUCAGCAUGUCAGGUACAUUAAGUGUCUAUAUGUUUACAAUAAGAUUGACGGGAUCUCGCUUGAGGAAUUGGACAAAUUGGCCAACGAGCCCAACACAGUUGUAAUGAGCUGCGAACUAGACUUGGGAAUUAAAGACGUUGUGGAGGAGAUAUGGGAGCGGUUGAAUUUGAUCAAGGUGUACACGUUCAAAAAAGGAGAGAGCUUGCCCAACUUUGAAGAUCCCAUGGUGUUGAGAAAAGACAGCUCGAUCAAGGAGGUGUGCGAUGCCAUCCACAAAGACUUGAAACACAGCUUCAAACACGCCUAUGUGUGGGGAACAAGCGCAAAACACAGUCCCCAGAGAUGUGGUCUCAGCCAUCAAAUUGAGGACGAGGACGUGAUCACCAUUGUCAGCAAAUAA